AUGACUCCCAAAACAAAUGCAACGCCUAACAUCAUCGGCAUCUACGGCCUCCCUGGCGCCGGCAAGACAACUAUUCUCUCGCACCUCCGCCUGACCGGCGAGACAUCCCCCGCGCACUACGAUUACUACGAAGGCUCCGAGGUCAUCGACUCAGUGGUGGAUGGCGGCCUAGUAGCUUUCAAGCAGCUGCCGCACUCCGAGAAGCAGCGGCACCGCGCGACCGCUAUCCGGCACGUUGGCGAAGAGGCCCGCCGCAGCGGCAAGGGCGCCAUCGUAGCCGGCCACUUCAUGCUGCCCGUGACUUCUGGCAAGUCCGACGACGACCUCUCCACAGAGCUGCAGAAGGUCUACACGGACGCCGACCUCACCACCUUCACGCACGUCAUCUACCUUAAGGCGGAACCGGAGGCGAUAUGCAGGCAGCGCGCCGGGGACGAGAAACGCGCGCGCAAGGCGCUGCCGGUUGACGAGCUGAGGAGGUGGCAGGAUGCGGAGAUUAAGGGGCUUUUCGAGCUGUGCAUCGAGCACGGGAUCGUGUUUGCGGUUGUUAUAGCGGCCGAGGGGAGGGCAGUGCGUCGCAUCGCGGAGCUGUGUGCGUUUUGGAGCAUGGGGGAGGACAGCAAUGUGGAUGCUGCUUUGGACAAGGUUAGGGAGGAGGUUGAUGACGCCCGGCUCGAGCGGGCCAAGACCAUCGUGGUGUUUGAUGCAGACCGCACUCUCGCCCCUUACGACUCUGGGUCGAUGUUUGUCUGCGAGGCUGAUGCGAACGGGUAUCCCGGACGACAAGACGACGACAUGAGGGGGGUGCUCAAGAGGGUCUUCAGCGGCCCGCUGGGCUACUCGCACCGUGCCUUCCAGCAGGUUUCGGUCCUACUCGAGGGCAUGGUCUACCGUACCGCGUACAGUCUAGAGCUCCAGGACGUGUACGACACCACCUGCGAUCUCGUAGCUGACGAUAUCAGAAUGUACGAGGAUAUGAUCAUCCACCUAGGCCAGCUGACCUGGAACCCAGAAAUCCUGCCAGUGGUGGUGACAUGCGGCGUCGGCCGGGUGUGGGAGAAGGUUCUCGAGCGGGAGAGGCUGCAUGCCCCUGUACUCGGUGGCGGGCGGGUCAAGGACGGCUACGUGGUCACGCCAGAGGUCAAGGCCGCCGUUGUGGAUUGGCUGGCCACGAGCGACUGCGACAGCCGUCGAGAAGUGUUUGUGUAUGGCGACAGCCCGCUCGACAUUCCCAUGAUGGCCCGCGCAGACCACGCUUUUGUGGUGGUUGGGGAUGAAAGGACGAGGAGCUCUACGAUGGAUACGGAGGUGGAGAAGGCCGUUCGAGCCAAGCUUUUCCGCAAAUCUAGGAAUAAGAAGUUUGACACCCACGUUUCACAAGUCCUGAUGACUUCGAGGAGCAUCCCGCGUCCGGGUCUACCUGUUACGGAGCUGGAGUGGCCUCACGAGUGCGCCGUGCGACAGAAGUCAUCCAGGUUGGGCUGUCUAAAGACCUCAUUCACCGACCUCGUGGAAACGACCAAGAGACGAGGCAAGGAGCUAUGCAAGAUCGACGAAUUGGAGUGCUACUCUCACUCCUACUACUCGGACUCGUCCAUCUGCAACAGCAGCUACUCAAGCAUAGGCCAGUACACCGUACUUAGCUAUGAGCGGCAGGACGACACCGACGUGCCCAUCUACGUUGCCUCCUCGUCAGCCUCCUCGCUCCUCUCCUCGCCGAUGCGCGACGCCUCCCUCGCCGGCCCGGCGCUGCAGGAGGCCCACGUGCAGGCGGGCCGGUACCUGGCGACGCAUCUCGUCUCCGAAGUACUCGGUCUGGAGGAGUACACCAUCCCGCAUGUGCAGGGAAUGGGCACGAUCGGACACCGGCUCCGGAACGAGGUCUCGACGGUGAUUGUCGCUAUGAUGCGUGGCGGCGAGCCGAUGGCCAGGGGCGUCCAUCAAGCGUUUCCUCUGGCCAGGUUCCUGCAUGCCAAGCAGCCGACGGAGCUUGAUCGGAGGGAUAUCUCGACGCCAGUUACCAACAUCUUGCUGGUGGAUUCGGUCAUUAACACGGGCAAGAGCAUUCGCGAGUUUGUCGAGCACAUUCGGCGCGUCAAUUCCAAGGCCAGUAUUCUGAUCGUGGCUGGUGUUGUUCAGAGCGGGGCUAUUGAGUCGGAUGGUGGUGGAGAGACGAGCCUUCGGGAGGUGUGGAGCGGCCAUGGCGACGUGAGCAUGGUGGCGCUCAGGGUGUCUGAGAACAAGUACACUGGACAGGGAGGUACUGAUACGGGUAAUCGGCUUUUCAACACGACGCACUGGGCAUAG